CGAAAAAGCACCAUCUGCAAUUUUCGACUGAAAUUGCAACAAUUGACCUUCACUUCCACCCUUCCAGCCCCGGAGCCCUGCUUCCUCCGAAAUCCCGGAGCGGGACCGGCUGUCGUCCAACCUGACUCCACCCCUCCGGCCAUGGCACCGGACACUACGGUUAACCCCUGCUCACUCUCACCCAAGGGUUAGGGUAAAACUUUACCAUCGCAACCAUCUGAUAAGCAUUUUUUGGCUUAUCACAACCGUUGCGCAGCGAAGUGAGGGGCAUCUUUUCACAAAAAGUUUUCAAGGCUCGGUCCUCAAGGUCCCCCCCGCAAAUUGAAUAUCACAUCCCUCCGUCCAGUCUGCGCCGCACCAGCAGACAUACUUGUCGCAUUCACCUUUUCGCCCCCCCAACCAAACAACCACCCCAAAUCAACAGCAACAGCAACAGCAACAGUCGAAAUGGGCAAAAAGCGCACCAGAAACCCCGACGACGACGUCGCCAUGACCGACGAAGUCCCCGCGCAAACCAAGAACAACAACGACGGUGAUAGCUCCGACUCGGACGAUGACAUGGACAUAGUAAACGUGGACUUCGAACUCUUCAACUACGACCCCACAAUCGACUUCCACGGCGUAAGAACCCUCCUCCGCCAGCUCCUCGACGCCGACGCCUCCCUCUUCGACCUCUCCUCCCUCUCCGACCUCAUCGUCGAGCAAAACACGGUCGGCUCCACCUGCAAGGUCGACGACAAGGCCAACGACGCCUACGCCUUCCUCACCGUCCUCAACAUCCAAGAGCACUCCCCCACCAAACCCGUAGUCAAACAACUCGCCGAGUACCUCGCCGAUCGCGCCACGAAGUCCCAAGAUGAAACCCUGGCCAAGGUCGUGCCCGAGGUGUUGCUUGGAGAGGGGAAACAACAGGUCGGGUUGGUCCUGGCGGAAAGGUUACUCAACAUGCCGGCCGAGGUCAUCCCGCCAAUGUGGAGCUGCAUGAUUGAUGAGAUUGAGGCUGCGGUCGAGGACAAGGAGCCGUACGAGUUUACGCAUUAUCUUGUGCUUUCAAGAACGUACCUCGAGGUGGAGUCAACGUUGAAUCAGACAGAGAGGAAAAACAAGAGGUCAAAGGCGACGGGGGAGCUGCAGUAUUUCCAUCCCGAGGACGAGGAGAUGAGAAAGUUUGCGACGGCGGCGGGAAGCUUUGAGUACACAAAGGAAGGACAGGCCGCGGUGGCGGAUAGCAAGCGCGCGUUCCAAGAGAUGGGGAUCAAGCCGGUGGGCUUCAUGAUGUUGAUUGAGGCGGAGAAGUUCCCCAAGGCUGUCCAGGGGAUCACAGAGUAUGUGGCCACUGGCGGGAUGUCAAUGGACAUUUCAUAGGGAAAAAAGAU